CAAAUUGAAUUAUGUUGAAAAAUAUAACGCCGGAGAAAGCAAUCGCGUUCACGCGAUACAGCGUGGCAUUAGCAUGCUGCUGGCCACUUUCCUCGAAUGCAACCAGCUUUCAGGUGUUCCGCUUCAGAAUCUCCAGAUCCGCGGUGCUCCUCAACGCGUUCCUUCUCUUCCCUCCGUUAAUCUACUCUUUAUACCUUAACCAUAAUGAUCACGUUGGUUUUUCAAAAUCCAUUUGCACCAUCAUUUCUGUUUCGCAGGUGCUCUUGAACACGUUCGUCUGUAUCGUUCAAUAUGAUCGUUUUUGGGAGCUGAUUGUAGAGAUGAAAAAGUAUUGCAAGGAAGCAAAGCCAUACGAAAGACAGGUUUAUCAAACGUACAUUGAUAAAUACUCCGUGUUCUAUGCAGUGUCUACGAUAUGGUUCUACCUGACAGCGUCUAUCAUAGCGAUUGGAACGUUGUUUAUUCCGCAGCCUUUUCCAACGAACGCUGAAUACCCGUUUCCCGUUGAUUAUCAACCCCUCAAAAGCAUCGUAUUCCUCCAUCAAUGGUUCUUUUUAUAUCAAUGCUCCGCGCACGUGUGCAUCAACAUGCUUUGCGCUUUGCUGAUGUUGUUCGCUGCGGCUCGUUUCGAGAUCUUGAAGAUAGAACUGCGCGAAGUGAAGAAUUCCAACGAGCUGAUAAAUUGCGUGAAAAAGCAUCACAUUGUGAGAAAAUACGCGAAGGAAGUGUCGAGUGCUUCUCGGUUUAUAGCUUUGAUUACGGUGAUCAUGUGCGGCCUGGAGCUUGUGUUCUGCGGUGUUAAUUUCAUUGAACGACAGCCGUCCACUGUGAUAGUACAAUUUAUGGCUUUGUCUGGGACUGGGCUGAUCGAAGUUUUCAUGGUCGCUUGGCCAGCUGAUCACCUGUUGGAUAUGAUGUUGAAAAAUAUAACGCCGGAGAAAGCAAUCGCGUUCACGCGAUACAGCGUGGCAUUGACAUGCUGCUGGCCACUUUUCUCGCAUGCAACCAGGUUUCAACUAAUCCGCUUCCGGAUAUCUAGAUCCGUUGUGCUCCUCAACGCGUUCCUUCUCUUCCUGCCGUUAAUAUAUUCUUUAUACAUCAACUACGUGUAUAACGAUCACGUUGGUUUCUCCAAAUCCAUAUGCCUCUUCAUAGAUGUUUCACAGGUUCUCUUGAACACGUUCGUCUGUAUCGUUCACCAGGAUCGCUUUUGGGAGCUGAUUGUAGAGAUGACAAAGUGUUGCAAGGAAGCAAAGACGUAUGAAAGACAGGUUUAUCAAACGUACGUUGAUAAAUACUCCACGUUCUAUGCGGUGUCUGCGAUAUGGUUCUACCUGACAGCGUCCAUCAUAGCGAUUGGAACGUUGUUCAUUCCGCAGCCUUUUCCAACGAACGCUGAAUACCCGUUUGCCGUUGAUUAUCAACCCCUCAAGAGCAUCAUAUUCCUCCAUCAAUCGUUCCUUGUCUUUCAAUGUUCCGCGCACGUGUGCAUCAACAUGCUUUGCGCUUUGCUGAUGUUGUUCGCUGCGGCUCGUUUCGAGAUCUUAAAGAUGGAACUACGCGAAGUGAAGAGUUUCAACGAAUUGGUCGAUUGUGUGAAAAAGUAUUACAUUGCGAGAAGAUACGCGAAGAAAGUGUCGAGUGCUUCUCGGUUUAUAGCUUUGAUUACGGUGAUCAUGUGCGGCACGGUGCUUGUGUUCUGCGGUGUUAAUUUCAUUGAACGACAGCCGUCCACUGUGAUAAUUCAAUUUAUGUCUUUGGCUACGACUGGGCUGAUCGAGGUUUUCAUGGUCGCCUGGCCAGCUGAUCAUCUGUUGGAUAUGAGCGAAAAUUCUAUGCGAGGUAUAUACGAAUCACGAUGGUAUCUACAAUCAACGAGUAUGCAGAAAAAUAUACUGAUUAUGUUGUUACCUCAGACACCAGUGGCCAUUAAAAUCCUGUACAUUAUCCCAACUUUGUCACUGAAUUACUACUGCUCGUUCGUCUCAAACGUGAUAUCUCUGUUCACUGUUUUACGAGCUACGAUACAAAGAGAUAAUAUAUAA